CUGCUCACAUCGGCUGAGCAGCCAGGGAGGAGAACAACGGAGCGGCCAGCUGACCUGCUUGAUUGCCAAACAACCAGAUAGUAGCGUACGGCCAUAAAAUAGUAGUUAAGUAGAUAAGGAGUAUCGUUUUUGUUUAUUUAUAGGAUUAUUACAGAGUUGGGGACGUAUGCAGCGGUGAUAUCCACUCCUAGCGGCGGCUGGAGGCAGCUAGCCGGUUAGCUGGUACUGACUGACGGGGGAGGCUGUGUGGAAAAACCGCUGGUAACAUCAGCCAACGCGAAAACACUAAGAAAGGAAAAGAUAAAAGACUUUUAAAAAAGUUGAAAUUACAUAUAGUUUCAUUAAUAGGGACCGCCGUGCCGUACUAAGUUAAGCAGUUAAGUUUCUUGAGACAAGCUAACUUAGCUAUUGUUAGGUAGCCUCAUCUGUAAAUAGUGGAUUUGGGUAGCUUUAGCUAACUUUGCCAGAAAAACACAAUGAGCUCUGAAGAGGCUGCAGCGUCCACUAAACCCGCUCCGGAUGAUGAUGGCAUGACAUGGUGGUACCGAUGGCUCUGCAAAAUAGCGGGGGUUCUGGGAGGAAUAUCCUGUGCCAUCGCAGGAGUGUGGAACUGUGUCACUGUGAACCCUUUAAACAUUGCUGCUGGAGUAUGGAUGGUGUUGAACGCCUUUGUGCUGUUCCUAUGUGAGGUCCCAUUCUGUUGCCAGUUCAUAGAGUUUGCUAAUGCAGUGGCCGCCCGCGCAGACAAACUGAAACCCUGGCAGAAAGCCUUCUUCUACUGCGGGAUGGCUCUCUUUCCCAUAUUCUUGAGUUUCUCCUUUACAACCUUGUUUGGAAACGCCAUCGCCUUCGCUACAGGAGUUCUGUACGGCCUUGCGUCUUUAGGCAAAAAGGGAGACGCAGUGACUUAUGCCAGACUGCAGCAUCAGAAACAAGGGGAUGAAGAGAGGAUGACAGGAACAACAAACGGCGCUCCAGAGUGAGGCAUCCGCCUUCCCGCCCUUCCUCUUCCUCUCUUUUCUUACUGAAGAUUAUUUUUCUCCCUGUCCUCCAUCCAUCCUACCUCUUCCUCCAUUACUCCUUCCCUCUAUUCCAUUUCUGUCACCAAAUAACAACGGUACUGAGUUUAUUUAUUUGGUUAAACUGUUGCAUUCUUGUUCUCCUGACCUAAUAGUAUCCAAACAGACUGACGUUGGAUUCAGUCCAUUAUUUGGUACCUGGCGUGUAAAUGGGAUUUGUCAUUGUGAUUUGAUGGUUUGUUUUUAUGUUUUUAAUUAUUCCUAUGGGUUGUAUUUAUUAUUUGUUUCCCUUUGUUGUUUUGCUGCUGUCAGUUAUUAAACCCCUUUUUUUGGUGGGAAAAAUUUUGUGAGUUACAUCUUUGUAGCCCGAGCCUUUCAGGAAAUCUGAAUAGAAAUAAUGUGAUUGUAAAAUGUACAUAUUUGACUUCAGGUCAUUCACUAUGACUUUCAGGCUGUGAUUCAGAGUUGUCUGACUGAGGGAGUGCAGGGAGUAAAGAAAGGUCAAAUGAUGAGGAACUUUCCCAUUAAAGCCCUGUUUCAACCAAAAGUUCCAGGUAAUUUGGAACCAGAGGAACUAAACUUGAAACUAAAAGUCCCUGUAGUGCAUUCCUGUUUGCUUUUCCACCGCAUCUAAGAAACCAGGUAGAUCAUGCAGGUUAGACCCAGAAGGAAUUAAAAAAUGAGGGCGGCGCUUGAAACGUAGCAUUCACACAUCAGGAAAAAAACAACACAGACUUAUCUUGUUGUUCUUUGUAUUUACUAUGACAUGAGUUGGAUGUAAUGAAUG